AUGAAUACCAAAAAUGUCACGAGGGAGGAAAAGAAGAAAGAGAAGGAGCUGAACGAGGCCAGGAAGGCCGGCAAAAUCGAAGCCCUGAAGGAUGAAGAGGGGAACGACAUAAACCCCCACAUGCCCCAGUACAUCAUAAAAGCCCCGUGGUAUUUGAACCAGACCGCACCAGGACUGAAGCACCAACGGUACAAGGGUACCGACAAGGUGAAAAUAGAAGAAGAAAGAAACAAAAAGGUGUACGUGAAGAAUCUGAAGAAUGUGUCAGAUUUUUGUAAAAACUGCGGAAGUACAGCACACAAGGAGAAGGACUGUCUUGAGAGAACGAGGAAGAAGAAACUUAAUUUUGCGAACAGAGAUAAUGAAGAUGAUUUUGUAUGCCUGACGCAGGACCUGGGUUACGACGGGAAUAGGGACAGGUGGGUGGGUUACAACCCGGACAACUUCGAACACGUAUACAAGGAGUACGAGAAAAUCGUGGAGGAGAAGAAGAAGAGGAAGGCGGAGGAGUUGAAGCAGAAGUACGAGAAGAAGGCCACGUCGGGAAAAAAGCAGCGCAUCGAUGGCGCAGGUGGCGGAGAUGCUAAUGACCAAUCUGGUAGUGACAGUGACAAUGAGGAAGAUGAGAUUGACGACGACGCGCGAAAAGCCACCACCGGGGCGGAGGACACACAAAAGAGCAGCGGAAAUACCAAUGAAAAACACAGAAACGUUGCGAGAAAUUUAAGAAUCAGAGAAGAUACAGCCAAGUACCUGUACAAUCUGAGCUUGAAUUCAGCUUUCUACGACCCCAAAAGUAGGAGCAUGCGUGAAGACCCAUUUGCAGGCACAGGGAAAAAUCUGCACGACGACAACAAUCAUUACAAGGGAGAAAAUUAUUAUAACAAUACAGAUGAAGCAAUCGAAUCGAAGAAGCUAGAAAUUUUCGCAUGGGAAACCUACAAAAGGGGAGAAAAUGUGCACUUCAAUGCACAGCCGACUCAACUUGAAUUGCUCUAUAGAGAGUUCUUAUCUAAAAAAAAAAAACUAAUUAAAAAAAAGGAAGAAGAUAUUUUAAAAACGUACAAGUGUGAAAAUGUUGCCUCUAAGGAUGCAACUGCAGGGGAGGAACUCACUCAGUCGGAGGUCUACACAGAAUAUAAACCAGUGGAUCAGGUCGAUCCCAAAGUGAAAAGGAUUAAAAUCAUGAGUAGGUACGAGGAGGAUAUUCACCUCUUUGAUCACUCCUCCGUUUUUGGCAGUUACUACGAUCGGGAUAAGAAGAAAUGGGGGUACCGGUGCUGUCGAUCCACGAAUAAAUUUGAGAAGUGUUCCUCUGUCUGA